AACAUCCACUGGAAGGAGAUUAGGAGGACAUCAGUGGAAGUUAAAUUGUGCUGCAUAUAAAAUGGGCGGGCUUGUCAUAAUAUUACGUUGCCACAGCCUAUUCUAAAAGAAAAUAAUCUGCGCCUUUAGACGUUUGGUUGUGUCCGUUUGCCUCGCGUUUUAAUCCGAGGUGCGAUCGAAGGUAGAUGUGUUAGUUUAGGGAACAUUUCUGUUGCUGACAGACUGAGAGUUGAACUCACUCCAUAACCACCAAUGAACAGGGAGAGAGACCUGCGCAUAUCGUCAGCAGCCGCUUCUCCAGCCUCAAGCUGAAAUUCGUCAGAUCUGAGAUCACAGAGGAUUUUUCCCCCUCAUUCAAUCCAUCCAGAAAAAAAAUCCUAAAGUUUGAGGAUAUACUCUGCGGACACCUGAUAUACUCUUGUGCUCAGUGAAAGGUCCUCAUAUUACCAACGAUGUGUGGACAGAGCAGGGCGGCCUCUCUGCGUCUGUGGGCUUGCUUGCUCGUCACCAGCGGCGUAAUGGGUGGGAAAAGCUCUGGGCAGAACGGUAUGACAGUCGAACCGACAGAUAACACAACAGUGUUCACCAAGAUCUUAGACAGCCUCCUGGAUGGCUACGACAAUCGCCUCAGGCCAGGACUAGGAGAGCGUGUAACCGAAGUCAAGACUGACAUUUUUGUGACUAGUAUUGGACCAGUUUCGGACCAUGACAUGGAGUACACUAUUGAUGUCUUCUUCAGACAGAGCUGGAUGGAUGAAAGAUUAAAGUUUAAAGGCCCAAUGUCCAUUCUGCGUCUCAACAAUCUGAUGGCCAGCAAGAUCUGGACCCCUGAUACUUUUUUCCACAAUGGCAAGAAGUCAGUGGCUCACAACAUGACCAUGCCGAACAAGCUGCUGAGGAUUACUGAAGAAGGAAAGCUGCUUUAUACCAUGAGGCUUACAGUCAGGGCUGAAUGUCCCAUGCACCUAGAAGACUUCCCUAUGGAUGCUCAUGCUUGUCCACUGAAGUUUGGCAGCUAUGCCUACACCAGAGCUGAGGUGGUGUACGUGUGGACCAGAGGGGCUGCUCAGUCAGUGGUGGUGGCAGAGGAUGGCUCCAGGUUAAACCAGUAUGAUUUGAUGGGACAGAGUGUGGAUUCUGGUGUGGUGCAGUCCAGCACUGGAGAAUAUGUUGUUAUGACAACCCACUUCCAUCUGAAGAGGAAAAUCGGUUACUUUGUGAUCCAGACGUAUCUGCCCUGCAUCAUGACCGUCAUUCUCUCCCAAGUGUCAUUCUGGCUCAACAGAGAGUCCGUCCCUGCCAGAACUGUCUUUGGAGUUACCACGGUCCUGACAAUGACUACUCUCAGCAUCAGCGCCAGGAACUCUCUUCCUAAAGUGGCCUAUGCCACAGCUAUGGACUGGUUCAUUGCUGUCUGCUACGCCUUUGUCUUCUCGGCCCUCAUUGAGUUUGCUACAGUCAACUACUUCACCAAGAGGGGUUAUGCUUGGGAUGGAAAAAGUGUGGUACCUGAGAAGCAAAAGAAGAAGAAGGAGUCUCUCCUCAAGAAGAACAACACUACAGCCUAUCCAACUGCCACUGCUACACCUUUCGCCCCUAAUCCUGCUAGGAACCCCGGAUUGGCCACAAUUGCAAAAAGUGCCCCACCACCCCCAGACGAGCCCAAGGAAGAGCCCAAACCCAAGCCUCCAGAGGCAAAGAAGACCUUUAACAGUGUGAGCAAGAUUGACAGGAUUGCCAGAAUAGCCUUCCCUCUGCUCUUUGGAACAUUUAACUUGGUCUACUGGGCAACCUACUUGAAUAAGAAGCCCAAAUUACAGGGGAUGGUUCCAACCUAAUCCAUGUUUCAUCUCUUUUCAAUUUUAUCUUGUUUCAUUUCCUUUUCUUAUUUGUUUUACAUACACAAAAAAAGGGUUUAUUUUGAGAUAAACAUUGCAUUCAUUCUGGUUUCAAAGCCCAGUUGUUACAUUGCUUCUAUGGUAACCUAAAUUUCUUAGAAUUUGGGGGGAAAAAAAAAAGAUACAAAACAGGAAAAAGAAUUUAUCACAAACUUUUGAAAGGGGUGUUGUUCAGGUCUAAGAUGAUGGUACAAAAACAAUGCUACUAUAUAUAUUUAGCCAAGAGACUAUUCUACAACUUUACAGAGCCCAAAUGUGUCAAGGGACGGUUGUUUCAGUGUUUGUUUUCUUGUUUGAGUGUCUUUUUAUUUUUCCUUUAAAAUCUCUCUAAGGCACUUGUGAAUAUGCAUGGGCAGGACAUUUUAUUAUUUAUAUUUAUUUAUUUACUCACAUUCAAGGCAGCAUUGACUGAUGGCCUAUUGGUUCGUUUGAUGUCACCAGUGCUAACGCUGAUUCUUUUCAUUUUUCUUCAAUUGUUUUUAAAAAUAUCUUCCAUUCUUUGUAGAAUGUCUAUUAGAAUAUGUCAUUCUUUAGGGGAAAUACUAUAAAUAUAUUUUAUGGUUUCUGCAAUAGCAAUAAAACAUGUCUCAAUGAACGCUGUUCAUUUAGGGAUCAAAACACAUAAAGGUCCAUCACCCCUGUGCUCUGCAUUGAGAAUAUAUUAAUUUCCAUUCACUGCUUUGUAAAUACUAUUAGGUGUUAGAGAUGUAUUUAUUUUGAAUAAGCUUUGAAAAGAAGUGUAACAAAAGAGGGUGUUAUCUGAAUCCCCGGUUGGUAAAUUCUUGAUUUUUCACAUUUCUUUUCAUUUGGUUUCUUUAUAUAAAAAAAAAGGCUUUAAACAAAUAGAAGCUAUAUAAUUCAUGCUUAACUGACUGUUUCUCACUGAGUUAACAUUCCACCAAAAACAUCUUUCACACUCCGGUUAAAUGUUAUUCAGCUGUGUGUCUGUGCACACGCAGACGGCAUCAGAAGCAGCGAAUAGGACUUCGAUACGCUGAGAUUGGCUGAGCAAGAAUGUAAAACCAUUUUCAAUCUUUGAGUGCAUUUUAGAUUUGUGAAAAUUCCGUAAUCUGUUGGUUAUUUUCUGAAUUCUUCAUUUCUUUCAGCCUUUUACCCACGUACACUGGGAUCUCCUUUACUUAGAACAGCAUUUAAGGAAAGUACAGUGGUGGGGCACGUUGAGACGGAGGAGAAGUGCCUUUUCCAUUUUCAGAAUUGAGGCUACGUUGGGUGAUUGAUGGCACGUCUGUAUUCUCCAUCCUACUGUGCCCCCACCCCGUUCAUGUUCAUCAUAGUUCAUGUAGUCACUGGGUUGAAUAUUGAGACAUAACACUCAGAAAGUACCAGCUACACUGCCUUGAGUAACUCAUGCCCGUUUGCAGUCAUUUGUUGGUGAGCAACAGAGAGAGACGGAGACUGAAGGAGACAACGUGAAAAACAAAGCUUAGCUGAAGUGGCACUGUAAUCAUAGGUUAGCCGGUGCUGUGUUACACACAGAGGACUUGUCUUGUAGUUCAAAGGUCGUGAUGAAGAUGAAUAUAUUUUUGUAGCAUGAUGUCAAUCCCUCUUCCGAUAACAGAAAACCAAGGUGAAAGAAAUGCUCUUUUUGUGGUCUUUGACGUUGCUUGCUUCUUUUUUCUUCUUUAAAACAAGAACACACACUUUAAGGGGGAACUAAAGCUUCAGUUUUUGUGAUGUGACUUUUCAAGGUUUCUAAACAGUCCACUUUAAAUUAUGUCAAUGUAGCAAUAUAAAUUAGCAAGGGCUUUUCUUGGGACCUGAACUUGACACUCAGUCUGGGGUUAUGUUCAUUGUAGCUUUACACUGACCCAUCUGUACUUAGCAGUUCUUUGUGCGUGCUGGACUUAGAAUUCGACUCGAUCCCACGGGUUAACGACGUCGGUCAUUGCGUUGUGCUUUGCAUUUUGAGUCUUCAGCUUCCGUUUGGUUUGAGAAAGUUUCCCAGAGUGACUGAUUGCUGAAUAUGUUUAAGGCGGCACUGAACAGGUCAAGACUCAUUAGAACUGUGGGGCUUCAUCUGUGCAAUGAAUCAUGCUUUGGCUGCAACAAACUAAAAAACAGAUCAAUGCUUGUGUCUUUAGAAUAAUUCUUUUCACCAUGAUGACCAAUAUCUCCCAUUGGAAGUCGUAUUAUUGAGCAUAUGCAAGCAGUCCACUGUUCACAGCCACCUCAUCCACAAGCAGAGAGAUUCAAGGAUUUGUAAAGGUCAGGGCAAAGAGUUGUAUAAAGAUGUUUGGAUUUUAAACUAUUGUAUUUACGUUUAUCAUGAAGAAAAGUAUAUAUACUUAUGUAAAAUACAUAAUGCAUACAGUUUUAAUUCUAUAAUUAAAGAUGUUAGCUAAGAUGAUGAUGAAUAUUGUUUGUAUUAUGAACCUAUUGUUAUGCAUUUUGCACAUGUAAGAGAACAAUAACAUUACAUUUAUAUAGUCAGCUUCGUGCUAUGCAAGGACAGCUUUUAACCAGAUCACCGACCUUUUCAUGACCAUUGAGCUUUAGGUUUAUAAACAUAAAAGGCAAAAGAAAGAAAUUAGCUUGACUUUUUGAAUCAGUUGUGCAUCAGUUAGCUCCCUGCCCCCUUCCACCGCCACUUUCGAACAAUGGGCAUACAGGGUGACAUCAAAGAAAACACUGGAUUAUCUUUUUUGUUUGAGCUUUGGAUUUGCCAGUGGUUGAAGGGAGAACUGCUUUCAUUGUUGAUUGCACUUUUUCUCCGGGGUCAUGCAAUAAAGUGAAUGAAUGAAAAAAAAAACAGGAGCUAAGAACAAGAUAACCUUGCUAUUGCUUUUUUCACUCCAUUCAGUCCUUAAGCUUGUUAGUCAUUACGAAAAUGGUAGAAGGUGAAAAUGUCGCUUUGCUUAAAGGAUCAUUGACUUUGUUUUGUAUUUCCCAAAGCUGAAUGAUAAUAUAAUGUGCACCAGACCAGAGAGUUUCGACAGCGUAAAUGUGAAUUUUCUACCGCAGAUUUCCAUUGGAAGUCUUAUCCUCUUUUGUCAAAAAAGAAAAAAAACAUUUCAAAAUAUUUUUCCAGCCAGAUUUGGUUUUUGCUACAUUUAAUGCUCCAGAAUGUGAAAAACGAAACACAGUGCAGUCAUGAGCUUCCUACUUUUAUCUCCACCCUCACAGGCAUUUCAAAUAUGUAAAUAUCACACAGCUACAGGCCCGUUGCAGUUCUCAUCAGCACCUGCUUUCCAACACUAAAUCUUUGAUUAUUUCUAGAUACCAACUGGAGUUAUUUUGUUUUUUUCUUGUAUUUUUAACAAGCGCAAUAUGUUCAGAUUUUCACUGAAAACAAAACAAACAAGAAAAAAAAGAUUAAAAAAAACAUUUUCUAAAGCACAAAUGUUGAUAAGGGUGAGAUAAAUUGGGACAAUACUGUGUUCGUCAAAGAACACACAAACUGCACACAAAGCUCACAUAUCCACGUACAGUACGUGAUGCUGGUAGUCUGAUGAUACAGAAAAAGGGUUGUGGUUGCUGUAGAUGAAUUGGUAAACCUGUAAAUGUUUUCUUUUGUUUAUUUUGGUUAUGAUACGGCCCUGUAAAAUCUGAUUCUCUGCAUUAGUCUUUAAAUAAAAAGAAAACAAAUGAA